GCACACACAUGUACUAUAGUGCAUCACAGUUCACAAGUGUGCAAGAUAUGUGGUGUGAACUUUGAGAGUAUGGAUCUACGGUGUCAUGUCAUAUGCAGAGCCUCCACUUCUCAUCCGAGUAUCGGGUGGGAAAAUAAGACUUCUGAUGUUUUCUUCUUUUUCAUGUUGUUGUGCAAUAGGCUCAGUCUACAGUCACAAAUCAUCAUAUAGAGCGAAGUAGCUUCGAUCUUUUACAUCAUAUUCUAAAGCUCUUUCUCCCAGUAAUGAGUAACUUAGUUGUCACAAUUGUCUAAGUUUUUCACCCUAACAUUAGCCCCUAUAUCUCGUCUUUAGUCAAAAACACAGAAGCGAUGGCCGGAUCAACAGCUAACCCAGCCCCAGCAUGGAGUAAUGAAUACGACGCCAAUCUCACAAAAGAGAUCAUCAACCGCCAGCACAUUUUGCACGUAUCAUUUCUCACGAAAGACUCCGAGUACCCAACUGUUUGUUAUCUCGUCGGCAAGAUCUUCAAAUGCAACGAUGACCCAGAAGCCUUGUAUGUACACGGCCACGUGCAAGAACCGGUUCUGGGUCGUCUCAAGGGAAUCGAAAAGGGCGAUCCUGACAUCUGCGUCAGCGUCGCGGCUAGCACAGUCAAUAGUCACUAUCUUGGAUUUUCAGGAUUUGCCACGGGCUUCUCGUUUGCCAACACGGUGCUCAACGGAACUGCUAGCUUGGUUGGUGUUUCCGAGGAUACCAAGAGUGAGAGAGAAGAGAUCAUGAAGCGUAUCGUCAACUCGCAGAUCCCGGAUCGCUGGGACCAUCUCCGGCCCAUCGGCACAGAUGUGCAGUACGUCUCUAUCAUCAAGAUCACCCCCAACGCGCAAAAGUCGCACACGCAUAGUGUGCCCAGGGUGCUAGGCCUCGAAGUCCAAAACGAUGUCGAGGACAAGGAGCUCUGCGCGGAGCACUGGGAGGGCGCAAUACCUUUUUGGGAGAAACUUGGACAGCCGAUUUCGGGCAAAAAUAAUCUGCCAGAGGGCAAAGCGAGGGUUGCACCACAGUAUAUUUAUGAUUUUAUCGAGGAGCAGAAUGCAAAGAAUGAGUAUUUUGCUAGGCAGAUAGCAAGUGCGGAUUAUCCUUACGAUUAUCCCAGACAUUGAGGGGUUGUAAUUUGGGUAUUUUCUUGAACACUCAUUAGUUCGGUUACUUGGGAUAAAUCAAAUGUGUGUCCAGUUUUGCCAACAUAAAUCAUGGUGAAAUGAAAUGAGUAAAAGAAUGACCAUUCUAUGAGCGCAUCCGUGGUACUCGAGCUAUCUGUGAGCGAACCUCAUCAAUUCUCAAAUCUCCAACAUCUCGUCUGUACACA